CCUGUAAUACCGCACUGUUAGAAGUGCAUUUUAUAAUUUUAUAUACAAUCUGUCCGAAAAUAAGAGUUUUUUUCAAACACCCUAUAAAUUUGAAACGUUAUUUGAGGGAGCUGUUUUUUUGUUUAAAGUGUCAAUGGACCAUGUCAGAAAUUGCUUGCUAUCUCGAUUCAGCAAAAUGGUAUUAAAGCCAGUGAGCUCUCUAUGCAAAGCUGAUAUCCAGAGAUAACCCUUGAUCAGUAGACCUGAACAAAAAUCUGAUUUUAAAUGACCAUUGAAUAUAAGAAGAAUAAGUUUUCUAUAAAAAUAGUAUUGGUAUAUAAAAAAGCAUUACAUCGAACUUAGUCGUCGUGGCUUCAUGUGCGUGAUGUGUUCCACCCUCAAUGUGUUGGUGUACCUCCUGGUCAUAUCCCAUUUUGUCGUAGAGAUCGCUUGUCGAGUGGAGUUCACGAACGUAAAGUGCAAUUCUUUGGACAAGGAGUUCUCCGAUUUUGAAUAUUGUUAUCUGAAAUCUGUGAACCGGACCUACAAAUAUGCAUCGCUGAAAGUCAAUCUGUUUCAAGUUCCCGUUACCAAUGUCUCGACAAAACUUGGACUGUACAAGCGAUUCAGUGGAUAUAAACCAUUCCUUUACAAUUUAACUGUGGAUGCCUGCAAAUACCUUAAACAUCAAAAAUCCUUCCCCGUCGCUAGUUAUUUUUAUGAGAUCAUCAAAGAUUAUUCAAAUUUGAAUCAUUCAUGUCCCUUCGAUCAUGAUCUAAUAUUGGAUAAGCUUACCACCGAGCAGGUUAAUAACCGAUUCUCAAAAACACUGACAUUUCCCGAGGGCGAUUACAUGGUCGAGUUGCACUUUCUGGCCUACGGCAUCAACCGUGCGGUGGUUAAAGCAUAUUUCACCCUUUCAUGAAUGCUCCAUCUCUAAGAAGAAAGAAGUUUAUACAAUAUGCAUUAAUAUCAUGUUCUUAUGUUUUUUUAAACAAAUGUUAUUUAAAUGUAGCACUUAUAGUAUGUUUAUAAUGUUAAUGGAAAAUGGCAAGAGGAUAAUUGUUUUCCGGUUUUAGCAAAAUGGCAUUAAAGCUAUAUUUUAUGGCAACUUGGAAAUACACUAAAAUUCAUAUUUUUGUCGG